UUCUUGAAAAUCAAAACACCCGCCCCUCCUCUCUUCUUCCUUCGACGAUCAUAAGCACAAGCAAAGAUAAUUUCUGAUUUUACUUCCUCCACCAUGGAUUUUUACAUGGACGAGAGCAUGGUGAGAAACGACCCUGAGUUUUGGGGCUUGUUGAAUGCUGUUCCCGGAGGUGGAGAAGCAGGAUACGCCGACGGACCUGGAGAACUCGACGGUGACGACAUGACUUGCGGAGGCGGGGAUGGGUCUGGGCAGAAAGCCGGAGGUGGAGAAGUUGAUGGACAGAAAGCCGGACGUGGAGAAGGUGACGUUGAGACGGACCUAGGCGGAGAGGAUGAAGGACAGACGUCGCCGGCGGCCAUGGACGUUGUUUCUGACCUUGGUAGGACUUCAUCUCAUGUUUUUAGUAGUUUAAUGAAGAUUAUAACAGCUUUCUUCUCACAGGCAUGUUCUUAUGUGUUUAUGUGUAUAAUUGUUUGUGUACGUAAAUAGUGGUGGAUACACAAUGUGUCUGUGUACCCCUAAGUUAGUUUCAACUGAUGCAUAUGUUUCUUCAAAAAUUAUACAUCAUGUGAAAGUUUAAAAUUGUCUGUGCUUACCCCUUAGUAGUAUUCAAAGUGUCUAUGAAGCUUUAGAAUUGUCUGUGUCUGUGCAAAUAUCACUGUCUGUGUGUACUAAAUUGUUUUAAACACAUGCAAACGUUCGGUGACACAUGCAAGUUGUAGAAGGUGUCACUUGUUUAUGUGUGUGUUUGUUUUUGUAUGAAAUCAGUGGAAGACUGAUUUGCUUGUGUAGUAUUCAACGGGUAUGUUAAAGUUUGGAAUUGUCUGUGUGUGCAUAUAUGACUGUCUGUGUGUAAGUUUAAGUGUGUUGAAAUGCAUCAAUAAAUGAGCAAUUUACCAUAACAGAUGGAGAAGGGUUGGUAAAGGAGAGUGAACUUGGUACAGAGCCAGAAGUUGGUAUGGAGUUUGAAAGCAGAGAAGCGAUCUAUGAAUUUUACAAAGCAUAUGGGAAGCGUUUGGGAUUUCCUAUAAGAACUAGGAGCACAACAAAAGACAAAAGAGGAAGAGAGAUUGUGUCAGUUGUACUGGAGUGUUCGCGGGCUGGUCAUAGAGGUAGUCAGUCAAAAAAUCAAUUGAAGCCCCAACCUUCAAUGCAAAUAGGGUGUGGAGCUAGACUACGUGCGCACGUAAUUUAUUCGGGACUUUGGCAAAUUUCAAAAGUGUUUCUACAACAUUCACAUCCUAUGAGUCCAACAAAGGCUAGACUAUUUCGGUGCCAUAGGAGGAUGACGCAUGGAAUGGCGAGGAAACUUGCAAUAAAUGAAGUUGCGGGAAUACGACUUAAUAAAAGCUUCACCGCGGCCGUUGUUGAAGCCGGCGGAUAUGAUCAACUUCCCUUCAUUGAAAAAGAUUGUAGGAACUAUAUAGAUAAAGUGAGACAACUUAGGCUAGGUAGUGGCGAUGCAAUUGCCAUUCAAGGUUUCUUUGCUAAAAUGCAAGACCAAUGUCCCGGAUUUUUCUUUGUAAUUGACUUAGAUGAGGAGUCAAGAUUGCGUAAUGUAUUUUGGGCCGAUAAUAGGUCUAGAUAUGCGUACAAAGAAUUUGGAGAUGUCAUAACAUUUGACACAACCUAUCUUACGAAUAGGUAUGACAUGCCUUUUGCACCAUUUGUCGGGGUAAAUCAUCACGGGCAAUCAUUGCUAAUGGGAUGUGGAUUAGUCUCUAACGAAGAUACACAAACCUUUGUGUGGUUGUUUAAAGCAUGGCUUGAAUGUAUGGAUGGAAUUGCUCCAAUGGGGAUUAUUACCGACCAAGACCGUGCUAUGCAAAACGCCAUUGCAAUUGUAUUCCCAAAUUCCAACCACCGAUGGUGUUUAUGGCACAUAAUGAAAAAGGUACCCGAAAAACUCGGAGGGGAUGCACAUAAAGAUGAAAUAUUGGAUGUUAUACAUGACUGCAUUUAUGAUUCACAAUACACCCAAGAGUUUGAGGAGAAAUGGCUUGACAUGGUUCAAAGGUAUGAAUUUGUAAUUUUUUAUCUUCUUCUGCCAGUAACUAUUUCUCUGCCUCAUAGACAGGUCUAUCUGUCAUAGACGAUAAAGUUUGUACGUCACAGACACAAUGUGUUUGUGGGCAGAGAAUAAGUUCUUUGUGAUUUUUUUUACAAACUUACUUUGUGCGCUUUAAAUGUGUUCAGGUUUGCACUUCAAGAGCAUGAUUGGCUUCGUGUGAUGUACAAUGAAAGAAAGCGGUGGGUACCAUGUUAUUUAAAGCCAACAUUUUGGGCCGGCAUGUCCACAACUCAACGAAGUGAGAGCAUCAACGCAUUUUUCGAUAAGUUUGUCAAUUCCAAAACCACUCUAAAACAAUUUGUUGAACAAUACGGAUGUGCUUUGCGUGAUAAGGUGGAAAAAGAAUUUCAAGCGGAUACUAGCUCAUUUACCAAAAUGAUUCCAUGUGUGACUAGAUAUCCAAUGGAAAAACAAGUGCAACAAAUUUACACCAUUUCUAAGUUCGCGGAGUUUCAAAGGGAAUUACUUGAAGGAAAGCUUUAUUGUGAUAUCAUUUUAUGUGAAGACGGUAGAAAAUAUACCGUGCAAGAGCAUAUGGAUAUUAAUGGAUUUAGGAAGAUUGUGAACUUCCAUAUUGACUUUGACCCAAUUACUUGUGUUGGAAUAUGUAGUUGUCAUUUGUUUGAGUUUAGGGGCAUGAUAUGUAGACACUUGCUUGUGAUCUUUGUUCGGCUUGAUAUACAUGACUUGCCCGAGGUGUACCUAAUGAGUAGAUGGAGGAAAGACAUGAAAAGGGCGUACCAACGAGUGAAAAUAAAUUAUGACGGGUGGAUUACAACGGUUGAACAACAACGUUUUGACAAGUUAUGUAAGACCUUUGAGUCUCUUGCCAACAUGGUUGCGGAUGAUGAGGCGAAAUACAGUGAAGUCCUCCUUUGGUUGGAAACCCAGUUGACCACAUAUACUCCUCCACUUAGCCAUUCUUGUAUUGUUGGCAACAUGACGCCACUUGAAGAGCCAAUAACAAAUAUUCGUGCCGAGGUCCCACUUCCACCUAUUGGAGAUCCGAAAAGUACGAAGCGCAAGGGAGCCCCAAAGAAAAACCGGGCCAAGGGUCCAUUAGAAAAGGGGAAGAAGAAAGGAAGGGUUAACAAGGAUAAUGCACGAGCCACAACCACAAGAAACCAACUUGGUAAUGGUGAAGGCCCUAGUAAUGCUGGAGCUAUUGUGCCAAUGUUGUACUCUACUGGUUUAGAUUUAAAUUUAUGUUUGAUGUGAAUACAUGUACUAUGAUGUAUUGGUUUUUGUUAUAUCAUCAAUCAAUGUUUUGAGUCACAAACAAUAUUAUGUCCUCAUAGUCAGAUCGGUGUUCAGCCACAAACAAGGAAGUCGACUCAUAGACACAAUAAUAACAC